AUGAGUAUAACGUUCAAGAAUCCUUCAAAAUCACAAAAGACAGUGAAUAAACUUUUAUCAAGAGUUCUACCUGGUCAUACCGCCACUUCAACAACACCAUCCUCUUCAUCAUCAAAUCUUUCCUCAACAUCACAACAAUUAACAUCAUCACAUAAUUCCAAUACAUCACAUAAAGUAUUGAAACAACAAAAGAAGAAACAAAAACAAGCAAUCAAGAUCUCAGAAUCCCAACGCCAAAAAUUAAUGGCUGAGGCUCAAAGACGUGUAUUGAAAGAACAUUCCACAACUGGGAAAUUAACACCUCAAGAGGCUUUGGAGUUGAAAAAAUAUGUAAAGAAGAAUGUUGUUGAUAUAACUAGUUGGCAUAAUGAAGAUGAUGAGUUGGAUGAAGUUCAGCAGGAAAUAUUGGAGUUAAAACAAAAAGAGCCAAGAUUUAGAGGGAAAAGAGUCUCGAAUAAGAAGAGUGCUAAGAAACAGAUGGAUGGUAUUUAUAAUAAGAAGGAAAUGAUAAGGUAUCCGGGUCUAACACCUGGUUUGGCACCUGUUGGUAUGGAUGAUGAAGAUAGUGAUUAA